AUGAACCCCCUGCCUUUCCCCUUGCCGGGCUCUAGCCCUCCUGAAUCACGAUCGAAAUCCAGUCGCCAGAUUACUCGGAAUCGCGCGAGUUACAGCUGUAGGGUUUGUAGAAAGCGCAAGGUCAAGUGUGACAAGGUACAUCCGACAUGUGGCAACUGUGUAAAAAACAAUACCGAAUGCAUAUACGAUGCUUCGGCGCAAAAGAGUGAAGAUGCGCGCGACACCUCUCAACAUGCGCAUGGGGUCAAGCGGAGGAGAGAGAAUGCGCAAACAUUGGAGGAGGGGGUGGAUGAGCUCCAAUCAAUUUAUGGGCAUUUGAAACAAGCUGAGGCUUCGAAGAGCGAAAAAUCCGACCCUCGCGCGAUUGAGUCACGAUUGGACAAGCUCAUGUCGAUGAUUGAGCGUCUCGGCGGAACAAAUCAAGCCCUGGAAGCUGUGGGCGAGAAUGACACAACAACCGAUACCAAGGUGGAACCAACGGCAUCGAACGAGCCACGGUCAAGCUAUUCAAAUGGACAUGCUACACUAUCGCGACCUGCCAGUCCGCGGCGCAUCGCCGCAGAAUCGAGCGGCGACGAGUUUCCGAUCCCGUCAGGCCGAGCUACUGAUCUGGUCGAUCCUGUUGGUAGUCUGAAUUUGGGCCAUUUGAGCUUGGAAGAUGGUGGAAGGUCAAGAUAUGUCGGCACCACGUAUUGGGCCUAUAUCUCGGAUGAGAUAAAUGAGCUUAAUCAAUUAUUGAGAGAUCAGAAUCGCUCGCAUGAUCAGCCAGCCCCAGAGAGGAACACACAAACGCCAGAUCCAGCUACCAAUGUCCAACUGUCAUGGAGGGAGUCAGUAGGUAGCUCAACACCUUCAGAUACCCCACGCUCCCGGUCAUUUCAGCAAUCUAUCAUCUUUCCUUCUGGCGAUUCACCCUCCACAAAUGAGAAGGUAGUGGAGCCGGAAAUGCUUGAUCAUAUUCCAACCAAGCGACAAAGUCAUAUCCUUUAUAAAGGAUUCAUGUCUGGUGUACACGCCAUCAGUCCUGUUCUCCACCCUCCCACUAUUCUAAAGCUCUACAAUUCCUUCUGGGACUGGUACGACUACAGCAGCUACUCUGGUGACCCUUGCCCAAGUCCAUCGUUCAUACCACUUUUGUACGCCAUUUGGUAUGGCGGCUCAGUUACAAUUUCAAUUCGAGCAAUCAAAGCCGAAUUCAAUGUGUCGUCACGCUUUGCACUCUCAACAAUGUACGGCGAAGAGGUCACACGUUGGUUGACAAAGAUAUCUUUCCCGCGCAGCCCUUCUCUUCAAGGACUUGCGGCCUAUCUCAUCGUACAGACCAUCGUAUCAAAAGAGGAAGAACCUUUGACCAGCAGUCUUUUCGUUAGUUUGGCUAUGAGAGUGGCACAGACCAUGGGAUUACAUCGAGAUCCAGCGAAAUUUGGCAUCAAGCCGUCCGAGGCAGAAUACCGACGCAGGUUAUGGUGGCAUAUUAUGCACAUGGAUGGUGUCGUUGCGAUGUCAAGUGGUUUGCCUCCUCUUAUCAGUGACGAAAACUAUUGGGAUGUAUGCGAGACAAGCGAAAUCAAAGAUACCUUGUUAGGCACUCCAGUGGCUGAACAGUAUGAGAAAUCCGUCGCAUCUCAUGGACGCCAACCUGACAACCCGGACGACCCCAACCUUUGUGGUGGGCCAUCUAUGGUCAAUGUGUACUACCUUACUGCAAGAGGAAAAUAUGCUAUGGCUCGUGCUGUCCGACGCAUACUUAAAAUUCAGCUUGGAACUAAGCCUCUUCUCAGACAAGACAUGGAAGAACUUCGAACUAUACUAUUAGAAUUACAGCUGAAGCUGAAUUCAAUCAUUCAGCGAAUCCCAGAGGGCAAAGAUCUUGAUUAUUCUUCAACCUCUGGUCGGGCUCUAUCCAUGUCCAAGUCCCCUGUGGAUGGUCGCUCCUCUGAUACAGAGCUCCCAGGCGAGGGACCGACAGGAUGCCCCGAACAGUACCACUCUCCGGUUCUUGUUUGUUUCCAUAAGUGGGCCAAAAUUAUUUUGUCUUUGUAUAUUGACAAGGCAUUCUGUGUUGCCUAUCAACCUUUUCUCAAAAACGCUAGAAGCCGCAUUUGGCCUGCUGCACGUCAGAGUGCACUUCGACAUUGUCAUGGGUUCAUGAAGAAGUUUAUCCAACUCGCAACUGAUCCCGAUUUCCAGCCCUUCCAAUGGAGUUGGCCUGGGAUCAUGCUUAUUGAUUUGUACGAACGACCUCGUAGCCCCGAGGCAUCUAGAUCACGGGCAUUCAUCGAUCGCAUACUUGCUCUAUCUGGUCCAGACGGAGGAGUCGUAGGUGGUGAGGAUGGUGUGUCGACUCAACGACCACUAAAGGACGGAGGCCGUGAAGCUUGGGAUAUGAUCCGCCGUCUUCGUCAAAAGGCCUGGCAGAAGGCGGGCCUCAACCCUCAAAUUCUUUGGACUGAGCAGGAUCAAAUUCAAGCAGGUGUGUCCUCGCCAGCCGAUGCUAGUGAUCCGCUCUACGGCUCCCAUUCCGGGUCUCCAGCAACGUCGAGAACAGCUUCUCGGGCCCCAGCACAUGAUCCUAAGGUCAACGAUUUCAACAAAACAUUCUACAACAUUACUCGCUCCCACAAUCUGUCGAACCUCACAUCAACCUCUCCGCGGCCCAGUCCGUUGCGAUAUUCACAGAAACCGCAGGACAGACCCUUGUCUUCCUUCAACACAUCCUCGCAACAUAAUCCUAAAUCUACAUCCAGCCCCAUGCCACCCCCUACAGCUGGUCUUUAUAUCCCUUCGUCCUCGCCGGAAUUUGCAUCAUACCAGGGCGUCUCUCCUCCAACCCUGGCUCAGCCGCCUUCUACCUCGACUAUUCCCCUACAACAAACCCAACAAUCACCAUCAAGCCUUGCCCCUUCACCCGCUUUACCCUUCGUGGAAACAACUCUAAAUCCCAUGCCCAUGGGCGACUCAACCCCGCCUUCCAUGGUCGACCCCAAUCUAAACUUCGACUGGGACCAAUGGGAUGCUGUGUUUGGGCAACAUCUCCCGGUAGCAGAUGAUCUGAUGGAACUAGACCCCGUUGCGGGUCUUGACUUUUCCAAUAUGGGAAAUGCAUCAAACACCAACAAUGCUUCCGGAGGGGAUAUGGCUGAUGUCUAUCCUAAUGAUCUUCCACCUGUUCCUUCUCCGGGUAAUAUGAAUUUCCCACCGUCCUGGAAUGGAAAUAGCCCUAGUAUGGAGCACUCAAAUUGGUCGGGUUAUGGAUAA